AUGCGUAUGGAAGAUAUAUUGACCCAAAGGGCAGAAAUCAGCGGCCUUCUGGAUACUAUUGUUAAGACACACCGGCGCUAUUUGUUCGAAGUCCAAGAUGCUGGCACGCUGGACAAACUUCGAAACGAUAUCCACAUAUGUCUGAAUGAUCUUUGCAAACUCAACGCUAUGCUAACUUCUAGUGAUGAUGGCGGUAGCGUAAAGCAAGAAAUUGAUAGGCUGGCGAAGUUAGGCAGAAAGCUGGAAAAGUUGGAACGAGAAGAAACGUCAAUCAGAGACGCUUUACAAGACUGGAAAGCUGGUGAAGAGGAAGAGGAGUACGCUACUACGACUGAAGAACCUGAGGGAGAUACUUUCACUUUUACAACGGGGUACCGUCACUUUUUGAACCGGUACCUUGAUCGUGUGGGGGUUACCAACACGUCGCUUGCCAACGCGAAUGAGUUACCUGAUGAUCCAAAGCCGGACAAAAGCAAGACUACCCGAAACAUAGCGUUUCUUCGAUCCAGUCAAAAGCAAAUUCAACUAACUAUCAGUGAGGUGGAAAUUUUGUUGGCAACACUGAAAAAAGACCAAAAUUUCAUUGAACAAGAGCUUCAAAGCCGAAACAGCGAAGUUGACAGCGUACUCGUGCUUCUUAGUAACGAUUUAGAGAGGGUCCAGAGCUCGCAAGAAAAGAUUAUGACUAAGUUAGGCAUUUCUGGCCAUUCUGCCCGUGGAGAUUCCACAUUCUUCUCUCGUUUCAACAAGCUGCACCUUCAAGAACCACUACAGCCGCUCAGUGACCAGCUCGAGUAUGCAAAGGAAUUUCUCUUCACUCGGCAAGAAAUCUUGAAUGCGGACCUGAGAAACUUCAAAGAGGACCUGAACCUGGCGGAAUCUGCAAGAAAUACGUGGGAUGAAUGCUUGAAUAAAAUAAGUGCGCUUGAAAAUCUAUUGAAAACCAUGCUUUCGGAAAAUCCACUAGUGUCGCCACAGAGACUCUCGGUAGAAAUUGCUCAAGUCAUCACCAACCUACAAGAGGCGAUAUCUUCCAACAAUUCGCCUGUGCUGCGUGAAUGCUUAGGCAACGAAAUAGAGGUGCUAAAACGUGCUAAUCAAGAAUUGUUUUUGAGGAACUCCAAGAAUUCCUCACCGGGCCCUGUUAGAGAAGCUAGUAGUAAUUUCAGUAUCGCUGGAACGUCUCCUCCCAAAAUUGGCCUUAAUAGGGAAAAUAUAACAUUCCAAGGUGGGCUUAAAGAGCCGCUGCCGACCCCAAGUGUCGGAUUGGACAAAAUGCAGAAAAAGGAAUGA